ACCCAAGCUUGCCCUUCCUCAUAUCUUCGCUGAAAUCCAGUUUUCUCUUCGAUCGGCAGAGGGACGAUCCAGUUUCUGUAACGUUGCGUUGUGAUUUAUUUGUCUUAAAUUGUCUUAAUUCGCAAUCCCACUACGAAACUUUUGUUUGCGUUGUUCGUCGUCGAGAUCGUGAUAUCAAACUCCGACGAGUUAGGCACCAAACAAUCCGCCACAGCGCUGCUGACGAAGAUCUGUCGCUGACACACAUCGUCCCUCCAAUCUUCCAGCCCACUCGCUUCUGUAAUUAGAUACGUCAAUGGCAGCGGCGGCUGCGUCGCGGUUUCUGAUGUUUGGUGCGGUAAAGGAUUAGGGUUCUCGACGGAUGCGGUGUCGAUGGAUCCUCCGAGGAGGAAUCUUCCGCCGUCGCGUCGCAAAAUCGACGUGGCAAGAACAGUUCGAACCAAACAGAGGUAAAGGUGGUAGCUUUAUGUUCCGUGUAUCUAAUUGCAAGUCAAAGUUUGAGUCUUUUUUUGGUGGUGUUUUUAGUUUAGAAUGCCGUUUCUGAUUACCUGGCAAGCUAUUGACUGGUACAGUGAAUGAAAGGAUGAAAUCAGAUCUCUUUUCUUUUCUACUUUUGUUGGUUUGGGAAAACUUUGUAAAUGUCAUGGAGAUGCGUUGUCCAUUUUUGUUUUUGUAGUUAGGGAGCUUGAAUCUUGAUGAUAUGCUCAAUGCUGCAUCACCUGGUAUAUGAUGAAAUAUCAGUUAUAUCCAAGGUUCUUCAAUUUAUGGAGUCACCAGAACACAAUAGGUUUACACAUACAGUCAACGAUACUGCUCCCACGGGACAUACUCUGCGGCUUCUUUCUCUGUCCGAUUUCUAUGAUUCUUCAAUUGGCAAAAUAAAGCUCAAGAAGAAGAUCACUGCGGCAGCUUCAGCCUUUACGUCUGUCUUUGGUAAAAAGGAGAUACAACAACAAGGACCUUCCAACGAGUUGGACCAACUGAAAGAGAGAAUGGAGAAAGUUCUAAAUGUUUUCAGUGAAGUGCACACUACUGAGUUUGUCAUUGUAACCAUAGCACCAUUCUCUUACCUGUUCAUAAGAUCAUUAGUUAACAUGUGGUUACUGAGACGCUUAGCUUUAUUCUUCUAUCCCAUUAAGGAUAAAUUUGAAUAGAAGUCGGUCUCUCCUUCAUUUUGAAUUCGACUGUAAAUUUUGCUCAGUGAGACGAAAGGUAACUACUCUAAGUUAACUCUGCAAGCAAACAUUUGAUUUGAAAUAGCCAUUUUAUAUACCUUUAAUAUGUAAUAUGGUUGUUGAUAUUUUCAGGAACAAACGCGUAUGCUCAGACUUAUUCAGGACGAUACGAAGCAUUUGACUAGGGACAUUUUGAACUCAUGUUGCUACAAAAAGCAGCUUCACGGUUGGUAUGAGCUAUACAGUGACAACUAAAUCUGUCUGAGUGUCAAAUGCGUAGCCGUUCAAGCUGCAACUUGGAUUCUUCUUUUACCUUUUUCUUAUAAUGUAAUAUAUUUUAUCUUUGCAUUCAGACAUGCAUAAUAGAAAAAAAACGCGUAGAUAUUAAGAUGGACUGUUUGUCACUGCAGAGGUAGUUGGCAGAGCACAAAAUGUAGAACUGGUAGAUAGACCACGUUAGAGUUCAUUCCGUAUUCUAUGUAACGUGUUUUCAACUGGUGGAUUUGGCACAAUCGACAUUUUUUGUAUAGUAGUAAUUCAUCUAUUAUUGAUUUUAUGUAACAUAGACAACACAUUUUUGCUUGAUUAUUCAUUGAGAAAGUAAGGAAAUAAGUUUGUCUCUCUCUUUGUUAGAGCCAAUUCGAGUUGAGCACAUUGUGCUUGAAGUGGAUGUUUUGUAAUAGAGAAAUGCAUCUUUGAUUAGAAUAAUUUAAGUGAUUUCCACCA